CUUCUUACCGUGAGAUUACCAGUAUUGAGCACAAGAAAUUUGUCUCACUGUGCAUUUGUGCUUUCGUCUCGCACAAUUUUAGACUGGAUAGCAGUGUCUCGCGACUUAAUUUUUCCAAGGCUGACUGAAGGGACAUGGACAUCCAUCUGCUAGCACUCCUGCUAUUCUGCCUCUGCAGUCCAGGACUCACUGACAAUGUGCUCCCAGAGGACACUACAGUCAGUCCUGACAAAAUUCAUAUGGGUCCUUUGAUACCAUUAAUUCCCAGCCUUCCUAAAGAGGAACUGGACACAACCAUGCCUCCAACUACGCAGACGCCUCCCUUCGUGGUUCCCACUCAUGACAGCCCGGACUACUUCUUCAGGCACAUCACGGUGCCCGUGUGCACCACGUCCCCUUCCCCGGAUGACAGCUGGAGCAUGGAGGAUCACGGGGAAGGCUGCGGGCCCGAGGCUGCCAGCGCCAAAGCCAAACGGGCUGUAGGGGGCGCCGUCAUGAAGCUGGGCUUGCAGCUGUUGGAGACCCUGAGGACCAGUCCGGAGCAGCCCAACGUGAUCGUUUCGCCACUUAGUGUCUCGUUGGCACUCUCCCAGCUGGCUUUGGGAGCGGCAAAUGAGACAGAGGACCUGCUCCUGCGGUCCUUGCACGCAGACAAGCUACCCUGCUAUCACAAGUCUCUGCGAAGCCUCCUGCGGCACCUACGCAACAGCGCCCUCCAAGUGGCCGCUCGAAUGUACCUGAAACCAGGGUUUGAGGUAAAGAGUACUUUCGAACAGGAUUCUUUUCGGAUGUAUGGGUCAAAACCAGCUCCUCUGGCCGGGGUGGAGGAAGUCAAUCAGUGGGUAGUGAAUGCCACAAAGGGUCGGCUCACCAACUUCCUGUCCAGCCUUCCAGCCAGUGUAGUCCUCAUGCUCAUCAAUGCUGUGCACUUCAAAGGAAGCUGGCUGUCUCGCUUCGAUCCACGCUUCACCUCCAAGGACCUCUUCUUCAUCGACGACAAGCACGUGGUCCACGUAGACAUGAUGCUCGGCCCCAAGUAUCCCCUCAGCCUGCUUAUCGACAGCGAGCUAGACGCUCAGGUGGCCCGUUUCCCCUUCAAGCAGCACAUGAGCCUCCUGGUGGUUGUACCACAGUCAGGGCACGUCAACGUGUCUGAAAUCGCGGCCAAGCUCAACACCGCGGACCUCUAUGCCCGUUUCCCCCGGCAGAGGAUCAUGCGAGUCAAACUUCCCAAAUUCAAACUGGAGUAUAGCCAAGAGCUGCAGGAAUCUCUCACCAAACUAGGGCUGGGGGAAAUUUUCUCGGGGCCCAACCUGGCCGGCAUCGCGAACGGCCCCCUGUUCGUGUCUAGCGUGCAGCACAAGUCCUCCAUGGAGGUGAACGAGGAGGGGGCGGAGGCGGCAGCGGCCACCGCCGUCAUCAUCUCCCGCUCCAACCCCACAUUCAUCGUCAAUCAGCCGUUCUUCUUCGCUCUCAUGGAUGACACCACUCAGACGCCCAUCUUCCUCGGGGUCAUCACCAACCCCGACCCGGAUGCCGCUGCCAUGGACUCGUUCGGGUCCAAGGGAUCUCCCCACCAUGAUAAAUUAGGAUUCUCCGAGAAACAUGUUGUCCACUCUCAUAGUCACACACCCAAGUAAUCAAAACCAGAUUGGCUGGGAGCAGAGUGAGACCACUGUCACAGAAUUGCACUGCUGUCUGUUGGGAGCGGAACAUCCAGACAAGUCUUGCAUUCUGUGACACACACACACACACACACACACACACACAGGUAUCUCCACCAACACCAGAGUGCAUACACACUAAUGUUGAGGGAGGUACACAGCACCCAUAUGCACGUGAACAGCAGGUGAACAAAUGAGAAAUACUGCAGCACUGAUGUUUUCCCCUUUAUGACUUUGUUAAUAAUAAUUAUAAUGAUAGUUAUAAUAAUGCAAACAUACUGGGCCCCUGUUCUUCUUGGGUUUCACAACCUAUUCCUGUUGAAGCAUCUUUGUGUUU